GCGGCGCUCGGAGCCCGGGCCGGGCGGCGGCGGAGGAUGGGCAACGCGCAGCGGAAGGGGCCGCGCAGCCAGCGGCGGGGCAGGAUGCGCUCGGCAACAGCCACUUCUAACCUGGACCUUGAGAGCAAGAAAGCUGCCCCUGCCAAGCUGCCAUGGCAGCAGCCUGUGAACGUCUUCCUGGCAGCCGGGCGCCCACCGGGCAUGGAGCAGCUGCACCAGGAGGCCCAGCUCAACCUCCAGAGCUUACUGCAAGAGGAGUAUGAGGAGCAGUACACCGAGAGCAGGGUCACUGGGCAGACCUUCCGCACUGCUGGUCACCCCGACACCCCCCCUGAACCGUCACCCCGACCCCCACCUGCCAAGCGUCUUGAGUUCGUGCUUAUGCCCCCGGGCCGGCGAGCUGCUGAAGAGGAGAGCACCAGUAGCACCCCCCUCAGCGCUCGUCCCCCUGACGCCUCCCUGAGCCUCCCCACCAGCCCGGACAAGCCCCCCUGGCCCAGGGCCUUUCCCCUGCCCCCCGUGGAGGAGAAGCAGUGGCACCAGCCCGGCACCGUCCAGACCAACAUCGUCCCCAUUAAUGUCUCGGGGCAGCACUUUGCUAGGCUCGCGAGUGCUCGUCACUCCCUGUUUAACACAGAGACCGCGAUGAACCCAAAGUCCACCCUGCGGCGUAGACGGACCAUUAUUGGAUUCCCUAACCUGUCCCUGCGAGACCAAGGCAGUGCCAACGGCCCCACAUCCAGCACACACACGCCCAUCGCUGAGUCCCUCUCUUGCAGCUUUGUGUCUGAAGCCACAAGCGGGGGGACGGCACCCCAGGAGAUCAGCUCCCGCCAGCCCCUCUCGGCCCCACUGAGGAAGACCUUCAGUGACCUUGGUGCCCGCUGCUGCCAGCCACCUGCUGCCAUGGACGGGGCGGCAACCCCUUGUGCCAGCACCUGCAACGGGAUGCAGGGCACCCCUUUCUCCCCACCCUGGAGCACCCUGGGCUACGGGAGCCCCCCCAGCCCCACCGCCGGCCUGGGAAAGGGGCCCACCUGCACAUCACCAGGUGGCUCCAUCCCAUCACCCAGCCCAGGCUCACCCGCCACUGCCACCCCCUCCUUCUUCAUCGCCACGGAAGAGCGCAUGGGCAACAAUGGGCCCAGCUUCUUCUCCGGCCCAGUGCCUGCAUCCCCCCUCACCUGCAUCCAAGAAGCCAAGGGGAACUUCUCGCCGGGAAGCCGAGAGGAGCCGGAGCCGGCGGCAGGGCCGGCGCGGCUGGAGGUGGAGCGGGCAGGGUGCCGGUUCCGCGAGCGGUCACUGUCGGUGCCCACGGACUCAGGGUCCCUCUGCUCCAUGGACAUCGCGUAUGCUGAGACCCGGCGAGGCAGCGCCAACUAUGCCCUGGGCUACCCCAGCGCCAGCUCCGAGGGCAGCACCAGCACUGACAACAUCUCACUGGGGCUGGAGCCCGAGGGGCAGCGGCGGCGGCGCUCCAAGAGCAUCUCCCUGAAGAAGGCCAAGAAGAAGCCCUCGCCGCCCACCCGCAGUGUCUCCCUGAUCAAAGAGGGGCAGGACGAUGACGCGGGGCUCAGUGCAGCGCUGCCCAAGGACCAUCGGCCCAAGAGCCUGUGCAUCCCACCGGAGCUCCAGGGCCACCGGUUGGUGCAUGCUGACCCUCAGGGGAGUGCGGGGAGGGAGCCCGACGGCACACCUGCCCCCCAUCAGUGGCAUCUCGCAAACUGGAAGGGCAGCAGUGAUCCCUACCGAUCCCUCUCCAGCUCGAGCACAACCACGGGGACCACGGCCAUCGAGUGUGCCAAGACACGGGGCAGCUCCGAGUCCCUUGUGUCCCCUUCUGUCUCCAGGGCCACAACACCCUCCCAGCUCUCUGCCGAGGCAGACCUCAAGACCUCCUCUCCAGGCAGGCCCACAGGACUGAUGUCCCCAUCCAGUGGGUACUCCAGUCAGUCAGAGACCCCGACCCCCACCGUUCCCACCUCUGCCAUCCUCGGGCACUCCCCACACCAGGUGCGGGUGAGGCCGCUGGUCCCUGAAAGGAAGUCCUCACUGCCCCCUAUAUCCCCCAUGGAGAGGAGCCCCAAGGGCAGGCUGUCCUUUGACCUCCCCAUGACUCCACCUGCCCACCUUGACCUCUCGGGGCUGAAGAUCUCCCUGAAGGGGAAGACGAAGGUCAGCCGGCACCACUCCGACUCCACCUUUGGCACCAAGCUGGCCCAGAAGACCAGUCCCAUCAUACCCAUCAUGCCAGUAGUGACACAGUCUGACCUCCAGUCUGUCCGCCUCCGCUCUGUCAGCCGCUCGGAGCCAGAGGACAAUGCUGACGGCCCGGAGCAUGUUGAGGAGCCAGCGCGUGGCCCUUGCCCAGGGCCAGAGAGGAAGGUGAAGCCACCUGUGGCAGAGAAGCCGCCUCUGGCCAAGCGCCCUCCAUGCAUCCUGCCCAAACCCCCAGCUCUGCGGGAGGAGGGUCCCCUGUCCUCCAUGUCCCCACCAGGCACCGCUGCCAAGGAGAAGGGGCUGCCCCAGGACGGCUUUGUGGUGCUGCGGAGAGGGGAGCUGAGGAGGGGUCUGGGGGAGCCCUCCUUCUCCCUGACCCCAGCAGGGCCCCGGCGGCUCUCGCAGGGCAGCCUGGAGGAGCUGCAGCCGGAGCGGAGCGGUGCCACCGACAGGGAGCGGAGGAAGGCCAAGGUGCCACCACCGGUGCCCAAAAAGCCCAGCGUGCUCUACCUGCCACUCAUGCCAGCCCCGGCACAGAUGGGAGCCAGCAUGGGGGACAUGCCACCCACCCCCAGCCCCAUCAUCACACUGGACGCUGAGCCCACCUGCUGUGACCCCGACGCUGAGGAUCUGCCAUCCCCCAAGGCUGUGGACACUGUGCAAGCCAGUGACCCUGCCUCGGAGCAAGGCAGCUCGGCAGAGGCCAGCACAGAGGAGAAGAGCUUUGCCAGUGACAAGACAGCUGAGUCCAUUGUGGAGGAGGAUGAUGAGGUGUUCACGACAUCCCGCACCACGGAGGAUCUCUUCACAGUGAUCCACAGGUCAAAGAGGAAGGUCUUGGGCAGGAAAGAACCUGGUGAUACCUUCAGCAGCCGACCCACCUCCCACUCACCUGUAAAGACUUCAGGCUCCCCAACCAGUGAGUCCCCGGCAGCAGCGGGCAGCAGCGGGAAGUCUUCCAGCAGGAACGAGGAUUUUAAAGCCCUGCUUCAGAAGAAGAGCAGCAAAACUAGCCCCGGUACCCGGCCAUCUGCCGCUGAACUGCUCAAGACCACAAACCCACUGGCCCGGAGGGUCAUCACAGAGUUUGCCCCUGAGCUGGACAAUGCAAACAGCCCCAGGAGCCAGCCCUGACCACGCAGGGGCCCCUCCAGCCGGAGGGGUGGCGAUGGCUGCGGAGGGAGCGCUGCUGCCAGGGGCUGUUCUGGCUGCCAGGGGCCCCUGUGUCCUGCCAGGGGGUUCUGCUUCUGUUUCUUGCUUGGAGAGCUGCUGGCAGAGAGGCAGCAGCUGGAGCCCAAGUCCCCAUGUCUGUGGGCCCUUCCCAGGAGGGAAGAGGCAUCGUGGUGCCUGGGACUGGCCCUGGUUGAGCCAGCUCCUGGGAUCGAAGAUGCCCACCCAGGAAGCAGAGUGGGACCACAGCCCCUGGUGUCACCCCGUGCCUGCAGCAAAGCAGCUUGAGACUCUCUGGACCCUUCGGCAUGUGGUACUUUAAACAGCUUUUCUAAUGCA